AUGGUGCCGAACGGGGGAGGAGUACUACAGGUGCAGACGGAGGUGCAGAAGGGGCAGAGAGAGUACACAGGUGCAGACGGGGAGGAGUACACAGGUGCAGAUCGGAGCGGAGGAGAGUACACAGGGUGCACAGACGGGAGGAGAGGGGUUGUCAGGAGGAGAGACGCUCCACAGGUGCGGCGGAGGGAGUGUACCACAGGGGCAGUCGGGGGGAGAGAGUACUCAGUGCAGAUACGGGGGAACGAGAAGUACACAGGUGCAGACGGGGGAGAGGGUGUUCUAGGGCAGACGGUAAGGAGUGACGAGAGUCCAAAGGUGCACGACGAGGAGGAGUACACAGGUGCGACGGGGGAUGAGAGUACACAGGUGCAGACGGGGGAGAGCGUACACAGGCUGCUAGACGGGGGAGAGGAGAUAGUACACACGUGUGGCAGGACGGAGGCGAGAGUACAACAGGUGCAGAGGAGGAGAGUGGUUGUCAGGAGGAGAGAGUCCACAGGUGCAGACGGAGGAGAGAGUACACAGGUUGCUGACGAGAGGAGAGUGGUGUCAGGAGGAGAGAGUCCACAGGUGCAGCACGGAGGAGGAGUACACAGGUUGCAGACGGGGGAGAGAGUACAAAGGGCAGACGGCGGGCGGAGAGUACACAGGUGCAGACGGGGGGAGAGAGUACACAGGUGCCAGGCGGUAGGACGAGAGUUUACACAGGUGCAGACGGAGGUGAGAGGUGUCUGGAGGGAGAGAGUUCCACAGGUGCAGACGGAGGAGAGAGUACCACAGGUUGCAGACGGGGGUAUAGAGUACACAAGUUGCAGACGGGGGAGGGCAGAGUACACAGGGGCAGACGGUGGGAGAGAGUACAAAGGUGCAGACGGCCAGGAGAGAGUACACAGGUGCAGGACGGGUGAGAGAUGGUGUCAGGAGGAGAGAGUCCACAGGGGGCUGAGGAGGAUGAGAUGCAGACGGAGGAGAGGUACACAGGUGCACGACGGAGAGGGAGAGAGGUGUCAGGAGGAGAGAGUCCCACAGGUGCAGACGGAGGAGAGAGUACAACUGGUGCAGAGGGGACGAGGAGUUACACAGGUGCAGACGGCGGGAGCGAGUACACAGGUGCAGACGGGGGAGAGAGUACACAGGUGCAGACGGAGGAGACGAGUUACACAGGUGCAGCGGAGGAGAGAGGUGUCAGGAGGAGAGCGGUCCCAGGUGCAGACGGAGCUCGAGCGAGUACACAGGUGCCUAGACGGGGAUGAGAGUACUACCAGGUGCAGGACGGGGGUGAGAGUACACAGGUGCAGACCGGGGGUGCGAGAGAGUUACAAGGUGCAGACGGAAGGAGAGCGUACACAGGUGCAUAGGAGGAGGAGACGGUGUCAUGGAGGAGAGAGGUCCUCAGUGUGCAGACGGAGGAGGAGUGUAAAGGUGCAGACGGGGGGAGAGAGUACACGGUGGAGACGGGGGAGGAGUACCACAGGUGCAGAGGGUGAGAGAGUACCACAGGUAGCAGACGGAGGAGAGAGUACACAGGUUGCAGAGGAGGAGCAGAGGGGUCUGGAGGAGGAGAGUCACUGGUGCAGACGGAGCGAGAGAGUACACAGGUUGCAGACGGGGGAGAGAGUACUCAGGUUGCAGAUCGGGGGAGAGAGGGGAGGAGGAGUACACCAGGUGCAGGACGGCGGGACGGAGAGAGUACACAGGUGCAGACGGAGGAGGAGAGUACACAGGUGCAGACGGAGGAGGAGGUGUCAGGAGAGAGGUCACAGGUGCAGACGGAGAGUGAGUACACAUGUGCAGACGGGGGGAGGAGAGUACAAGGUGCAGACGGGGGAGAGGUACAAGGUGCAGACGGGGGAGAGAGUAACAGGUGCAGACGGAGGAGAGAGUACUACAGGUGCAGACGGAGGAGAGAGGUUGUCCGGAGGAGAGAGGUCCCACAGGGUGCUAGACGGGACGGGGGACGAGAGUACCACAGGUGCAGACGGGGGCUGUGAGUACACAGGUGCAGACUCGGGGGAAGAGAGUAACAGGUGCAGUCGGAAGGGAGAGAGUACACAGGUGCAGACGGAGGUGAGAGGCUUUGUCAGGUGGGGAGAGAGUCCACAGGUGCAGACGGAGGAUAGAGAGUACACAGGUGCAGACGGGGAGGAGAGUACAAGGUGCAGACGGGGGAGAGAGUACAACAGUGUUGCAGAAGGGGGAGAGAGUACACAAGGGUGCAGACGGGAGGAGAGGUACACAGGUGCAGACGGAGGAAGAGAGGUGUCAGGAGGAGAGAGUCCCAGGUGCAGACGGAGGAGAGAGUCACAGGUGCAGACGGGGGAGAGAGUACACAGGUGCAGUCGGGGGAGCCGAGAGUACACAGGUGCAGAGGGGGUGAGAGUACACAGGUGCAGACGGAGGAGAAGAGAGUACACAGGUGCAGACGGAAGGAGAGAGGUGGCAGGGAGUGAGAGAGUCCACAGUUGCAGACGGAGGAAAGAGUACACAGGUGCAGACGGGGGAGAGAGUCACUCAGGUGCAGACGGGGGAGAGAUGUACACAGGUGCAGACGGCGUGAGAAGGGGUAUUACACAGGUGCAGACGGAGGUGAGAGUACACUAG